CCCCCCCCCAUAGAUUACUCGGGUGUCCUGCCCUAGCCCAUAGAUUACCCGGGUGUCCAGCCCCAACCCCCGCCCAUAGAUUACCCGGGUGUCCGGCCCCAGCCCCCCAUACAUUAACCGAGUGUCCGCUUUCCCCCACCCAGGCGUCCGGGCUCCGAUCCUCCUCCUCCUCCCCCCCCCCCCCCGUUUCUGCGGAGCAGCGACGACACCUGGCGGCCUCACGUGGCACCGCACCGCACCGGCCCGUGCACGCCCCCCCGUGUGAACACACGCUCACACUCUCUCACACACGUGUUGACACGAUACACACACGCGUGUUGCCGUGACACGCGCACACGCAUAUUGGGGCGCACGCGCGUUACCACAACACACACACACGUGUUGACACUCCACGGUUAACACGCCCCACACGUUAACACGCGACGCGAGCACACAUAUGGGGGCACACGCCUGUUGACACGCGCUGACGCACACGCGUGUUGACACACGCACCGUGCCUCAGCCUCCGGCCCAGCCAGCUCCGCCGGUUCCCGGCGCGGGGGCGGACACACUCCCACGGACUCACACGGACACACACACACGAACACACACCGGCAGGCAGGAAAAGGGGGUGCUGCGCCUCCUCCCCCCAGCCCAGCGGGACCAGCACCGAGCCGGUGAGACCGUCACCGGGGGCCCGGCCGCCUCGGCUCUCUCCCUGCCGGGGAGGGGUCAGCGAGGUCGGGGGACGCUGGGAGCCCGGGCGCCUGGUUCCCUCCAGCCGGGGAGGAGAGUGGGAGCUGGGGGGGGUAGAGGGGGCGGGGCGCUCGGACGCCUGGGCUCUUCCCGGCCCGGCCCCCCGGCCCGGCGCCAGGGCUCCGGCCGCCGCGGUUCGCUGCCCGCCCGGGCCGUGCUGCACCUGGUGACGCGGGGGAGCAGGUUCCGCGGCUCUCGGUGGGGCCAGGCGCCCGGGACGGCCAGCGACCCCCUCCCCUACAACUCGCUCUGAAGCCCGGGUCUCGUCCAGGGAGGGCGAUGGCAGCGCCCCGCUGCGGGGCUCGGCUGGCAGCUCUCCCGUGGCCGUGGCUGUGGCUGUGGCUGUGGCUGGCGCUGGCGGGCGCGGACGAGCUGUUCGUGCUGGUGACCCCGGCCGAGCCCCGCGCCGGGGACAACGUGACGCUGACCCCGACCGAGCUGGGCCCGCUGCGCCAGGUCGACUGGUACCGCGGGGAGGGCGCGCCCGACGGCGGCUCCCGCAUCCUCUCCUUCUUCCCGGGGCAGUCGCGGCCGCAACGAGACGGGGCGCGGAGCACGGGCCGGGAGCGCGGCCGCGCCGACGGGACCCUGGUGCUGCUGCGGGCGCGGCCCGGCGACUCCGGCCUCUACCGCGUCGCGCUGCAGCUCCUGCCCCAAGGCAGCCGCCGCGGCCAAGUGCGGCUCCUCGUGCGCGACGCCGAGGGCACGGAGCCGCCGCCCGCCUGGGCCCCGCCCGCGGCCCCGCAGUACCUGGGCUGGGUGGUGGCGGCGGUGCUGGUCGGGGCGCUGCUGGCCGGGGCGCUCGGCACCGCCGUCCUCUACCGCCGCCUGCGCCGCGCCGAGCCCGCCACGCGAGCCAUGGGCAAGCUGGACCCCCAGGUCUCCGGCAGGAGUGACAAGCAGCACAUCUACGAGGUGAUGGAGUCGCCGCUGGACUCCCCCCUGCCUGGGGGCAACACAAACCCCUGUGGCCCCCCGGACCCCCCCGUAGAGCUGCCACCUGAGCUGCGCUACAUGGAGCUCCUGAGCUGCGCGGAGUCUGUCUACGAGCAGAUCCAGCGCUGACGUCACAGCCCGGGGCACCCCACAAGAGAUCUGCCCCUCCCAGGAGACGCCCCCAGAGCCCCGGACACUCGGGAUUAAAGAGCUCCUCCCUGCACCCUG